AUGGGCGCCAUCUGCGGCAAGGUCGAGACCCAGGGCGAGUCGCGCAAGGAGGUCGAGGAGGACCUGCGCAUCGAUAAUCGUAAAAGAAACUCCCUCAUUUUUGCGGUGAUUGAAUGGGUGUCCGCCGUCGAUGCCAACAAUUCUGUGAAGGACCAAGAGAAACUAGCUACGAUCAUAGCGCGACGACCGCGCGACACGGAAACGGCCACGGACGACCCCAGAGCGUCCAGACAAACGAAGGAGUCGGAGGCCAUCGCGGGCGGCAACUUCCGCGCAUUGCGAGGCAUUCUGAUCAGCGAGUGGCGCUUCGUCAACCGAAAAUACCCAAAUCUGAAUGAUGACACCCUACUCCACAUCGCCUGUAGAGAGGGCUACCUGCGCAUGGUCCAGUUCAUCACGGACCCCAAGAACCAGCCCCAGUUCGAGAACGUCGAAUUGGACGUCAACCUCGAGAACGGGAAGUGGCGGACGCCGUUACACGUCGCGUUCACGCCGCCCGUCGAGACGUUCUGUGCGCGACGCUUUGGUGUGGAUUCGAAGGGACUGCCCCUGGCCAAGAAGCCCGACGGUGAUGUGAGUGACAUGGAGUGGAUCCGGCCGGGCACCGCGCGUACCCGCGUCUCGGACACGACCUCCGAGAGAUACCCUCGAUGUCCCCACAGGCCGAGGAUCGCCAAAAGAUCGUCGCGUGCUUGAUCAAACGGAAGUGUGAUCUGAACAAGGUCGAUUAUCAUGACCAUAGCGCGCUGCACUACGCGUGCGUCUGGGGCUGGGUGCCCACGGUUGAUCUACUGCUCGAGGAGGGGGCCGACCCGGAGUGCAGCAACAUCGGCGCGCUCGCGGCGUCCUGUCAUCGAUGCGACUCGCCUCCAUCUCACGAUGAAACACGCAGGCGGGCAAAAUGCACUUAUGUUGUGCGCGGACUUUUUACAUGUGCCUCUUAUAGACUUACUGCUGUCGGAGACGGAGAUAUCCAUAGAGUCGAAGAACGUCGACGGCGAGACGGCUUUACAUUACGCGGCACUGCGGGGUAGUAUGGAGGCCGUCGAGGCUCUGUUGGAGUUCGGGGCCAACGUCAAUUGUGAAAGUUAUGCGAGGGAUACGCCUUUGAAACGAGCCUGCCGGCAACAAAGAGUAGACUUGGUCCACAAGCUGCUCGACUACGACUGCAACCGACGACCCUCCGCGUUUGCUAUCCUGGAGGGCGAAGCGCUCAUGGAAAUAACUUUAAGACUAGACGAGGAAAAGAGGAAAAAAGUCGAAGAAUACGAAAAACUAAAAAGAUUGGAAGCGGCGGGCAAGAACAAGAAAGGUAAGAAAAGUGCGAUCGGCGCCUGGGUGCCCUACCGCGACAAGCGCGGCCGGGGCAUCUUCUACUACAACCGCGUCAGUCGUGUUUCGCAGUUCGAGGUGCCCGAGGACUACGAGAAGGAUCGGCGCUACCUGAUGAAGGACGCGACCUACGGCAUGCACUUUUAUCACUGACGAGGUGCUGUGGCGCCUUCACGCCAUCGAGGUGACUCGUGGCCAUCUCACUUCCAUGAGAGUGGUUUCUUUUGCGAUUUUGGGGCCGUUCGGACCAUAAUGUGUGUGUUUA